AUGGCAAGUGUUCUCUCGGGUCUGGCUUCUACCCUGACGUCCGCUUUAUCAAGCCUCCCACCUCCAGACAUGAUCCAAGAUGCAGAACGCAUGCAGCUUCUGGGGGUCAUCAACCAACUGCAAGCAGCACUAGAGCCCACCCAACUGCCUAUCCAACGAUUUUGCUUCUCGCACUAUGGCAUCGUCGUUAUCCGAAUAGCGCAGGGUAUGGGAGUCUUUGAUGCGUUCGUUAGAUCUCAAGGCAAGGAGAUGACCCUGAAAGAGCUGUCUUAUAAUGUCAAAGGAGACGAGAAGCUUCUGAGACGUAUCAUGCGAUUUUUGUCUGCUCACAAUAUUUUCAAACAAACGACGAGUGAUACAUACAAGCCUCUACCACUAGCAAUGGCAUUCGGCAACGGGUCAGUGCCCGGAGACAUGAUCAAGCACUUCCAUAUCAACAUGCAAGUAACUGCGAAGCUCUUUGAUUAUUUCGAGUUGAAUGGCUACCAGAACCCGGAAGACGCAUAUGACGCUCCCUUUCAACUCGCCUACAACACCAAGAGCCAUUACUUUGAAUGGCUGAGUCAAAAUCAGACAAAACAAGAUAUUUUCAACUCAGUGAUGACUCAGAGCCAACAGUAUCGCGGUGCAGACUGGUUUGAGGCUUAUCCUGUACAAGAAAAGCUGCGAGUUUCCGCAGACCAGGUUCUGCUUGUUGAUAUGGGAGGUGGCGUGGGUCACGACAUCAAGGCGUUUAAGAAGCGUUUUCCAAACCUCCCGGGAAAACUCGUUCUGCAGGAUCUCCCUCAGGUGAUCAAGACCAUCAAGGAACCUUUGCCCGAAGGGAUUACCGCUAUCAGCCACAAUAUAUUUGAACGACAACCUGUCAGUGGUGCUAGAGCUUACUAUAUGAGAACUGUCUUGCAUGAUUUCCCGGAUAAACAAGCUCUUGUUGCCCUUUCACAUAUCCGAGAUGCCAUGUCAGAGGACUCUAUUUUGUUAGUCCAUGAGCAUACGAUGUCUGACGAUCUCGAUGUCCCUCCGCUUGCCGCAACACUCGAUUUACAUAUGAUGGAGAUAUUUUCCUCCCUAGAACGGACUGAGAAGGAAUGGGUAGUUCUUUUGGAAAGGGCUGGAUUCAAGGUGGCAAAGGUCUGGAAUGAGAAAUCAGUAGGACAAUCUACUGCUCUGUUUGAGGCUACUCUGCACUAA